AUGCCGCCUAGACGCAACGUGAGGAACGAGGAACCAUCUUCCCAUGCUUCGGAAGAGCAAAGCGUGACGCAACCAAGACCGCCAUCACCACCACCACCACCUCCUCAAGUAGAUAGGGAAGUCGUGAAGCUUUUCCUUGACCAAAAGCCUCCUACCUUCGACGGAAUGGGCGAACCUGCGAAAGCCGAAACUUGGAUACGUGCCUUAGAGCGCAUUUUCCGAACCUUAGUGUGCAACGACGCGGAGAAGAUGAUCUGCGUGACGCAUCAGCUGACCGGAUCUGCUGAUUUCUGGUGGGAUACUAAGUUAAAGACCAUGCCCCAGGAUCGCAUAGACGGGAUGACUUGGGAGGAGUUCAAGACAGAAGUUUACGAUAAGUACGUACCCAAGAGCUACCGCAAGGCGAAAGCAGCCGAGUUUCACAACCUCACCCAAGGACGUCUGUCUGUAACCGAGUAUGACCGUGCACUUUGUGACAUGACCCGCUAUGCGCCGGAACAGACCGAUACCGAUGAGAAGCUGGCUGAUAAGUUUCGUGAGGGCCUUAGGCACGAGAUUAGGAUGGCAUUGGCAGUCCGCGGAACCCUUACGUACGCCGAGGCGCUAGCCCUCGCACUGGAUGUAGAGGCAGCAAUGCCAAAGGAGAAGAGUGCGGGGAACACCGCAAUGACAUUACCCCCGCCACGUCCUAACCAUGACAAGAGGAGAUGGGAGGAGAGUAGGAUCCACCAUGACAAUAAGCGAUACCGCCCCAACGGAGGAGGACAGACUUCGUUCAAUCCAAGGAGCGACCCCCGUGCCAGACCACCUCAGUGUAACGUUUGCGCCAAGUACCAUUUCGGGCAGUGUAGAGGACCGAACUCGAAUAGAUGCUUCAACUGUGGAGGAAACGGGCACUUCUCGAGGGAGUGUCCGAGCAAGGGAAACGGACCAAGGCAGAACCAUCAGGGUUUCCGUCAGCAGCCGAGAGCGCCACCUACGAGCUCGGGAGCAAACCCGAAUCAGCAACUGCGGCUGCAGCAGCCUGUCCGCCCAAGACUUCCAGCCCCGGCUAGAGCGUACGCUAUAGAGCAGAAGCAGCCCAAGGUCGAGCAAGGAAAGCCCGAGAGUGGAAACCUAGCAGGUAUAGGCGAAAUCCUUGAUACCCCUAUUGUUGUUUUGUUUGACACGGGCGCAUCUCAUUCGUUCAUCUCUGAGUUGUGUGUGCAUACCUUAAGCUUACCUACUAGGAAGUCUGAACAUAGGAUGAUGGUGUCCUCACCAGUAGGAGGACUGGUUGAGAUCUCUCGUUUUUGCUUGAACGUAGAAAUCGUACUAGGAGAACUUCAGUUAGUUGCUCACGACCUGCGAGUUAUGGCGAUGAGAGACGUUGACGUGAUCCUAGGAAUGGAUUGGUUAACUGCGAACUUUGCAACGAUCCGUUGUAAAGAGAGGCUAAUAACCCUACAAACCCCGGGUAUGGAACCCGCCGUGUACCACGGAAUCUCGAUGAACCGACGAAUCGCUGUAAAAGAGGAAGCAAGGCUUGAAGACGUUGCUGUCGUACGAGAUUUUCCCGAUGUUUUUCCCGAGGAGUUACCUGGACCGCCGCCAGAUAGGCAGUUAGAAUUUACGAUCGAUCUCGAACCUGGAGCCGCCCCCAUAUCGAAGGCGCCGUACCGCAUGGCACCUAAGGAGUUAGAGGAGUUAAAGAUUCAGCUGCAAGAGCUCAUGGACUUAGGUUUCGUUAGGCCCAGUGUUUCGCCAUGGGGCGCACCGGUGCUCUUCGUUAAGAAGAAAGAUGGGUCAAUGAGAAUGUGUAUCGACUAUAGAGAGUUGAACAAAUUGACCCUCAAGAACAAAUACCCUUUGCCGAGGAUAGAUGACCUGUUCGACCAACUCCGAGGAGCCGGAGUGUUCUCUAAGAUGGAUUUGAAGUCCGGAUACCACCAGCUGAAAGUACGAAAGGAGGAUAUCCCUAAAACCGCAUUCCGUACCAGAUAUGGUCACUAUGAGUUCGUGGUGAUGCCGUUCGGUCUGACGAACGCCCCAGCCGUGUUUAUGGAUUUGAUGAACCGCGUUUUCCACCCGUACCUAGAUACGUUCGUCUUAGUGUUCAUAGAUGACAUCUUAGUCUACUCGAAGGACGAAAAGGAGCACGCGGAACACCUACGGAUCGCGCUGGAGACGUUGAGGAAGGAGAAGUUGUACGCCAAAUUCAGCAAGUGUGAAUUCUGGCUGAAGGAAGUCAACUUCUUAGGACACAUCGUGUCAGCAGAGGGAAUCCGAGUGGACCCCGCUAAGGUCGAGGCGGUACAACAGUGGAAGUCGCCAUCGACGCAGAACGAGAUUCGGAGUUUCCUAGGUUUGGCAGGAUACUACCGAAGGUUCAUAGAAGGAUUCUCCAAGAUAGCGAGACCGAUGACCCAGCAGCUCAAGAAAGGAAUCAAGGUGAACUGGACGCCGGAGUGUGAAGCAAGCUUCCAGCUUUUGAAGGAGAAAUUGACCACCGCACCAGUGUUAGCUGUGCCAGAGCUUGGAGUCGACUACGUAGUUUACACCGACGCUUCGAAAGUCGGAUUAGGAUGCGUGUUGAUGCAGAACAACAAGGUGAUCGCUUACGCGUCGCGACAGUUGAAACCGCACGAGUUGAACUACCCUACCCACGAUUUAGAGUUAGCCGCAGUAGUGCAUGCCCUAAAGAUUUGGAGGCACCAUCUCUACGGAGUUAGGUGUGAAAUCUUUACGGACCAUAAGAGUUUAAAGUACUUCUUCGAGCAGAAGGAUCUGAACAUGCGACAACGGAGAUGGCUCGAGCUAGUGAAGGACUACGAUUGUGGUAUCAACUACCACCCCGGCAAGGCAAACGUAGUAGCAGACGCUUUAAGCCGUAGAGACCAUUCGCAACUCGCUGUUUUUCUAACAGAAGAGGAAAGUUUAGUGCGAGAGUUGAGUAAGUUGCGGAUAGAAGUAGUUAGAACACCCGAUACCGUGAAAGGCCGAAUCGCCGCGUUAGUAGUAGAACCUGAUCUAAGGACGAGGAUCGUUGCAGCUCAACGGCUAGAUGAGAAAUUGGAGGAGAUUCGAGUCGAAGUAAGAACCGGUGAGUCCGGACAGUUUAGCGAGGCUUCCGAUAACGCUCUCACCUUUGAAGGGAGACUGUGCGUGCCAAACAACGAGGGUCUUAGGAACGAGAUCAUGAGCGAAGCUCACGAAACCCCAUACACUGCUCACCCCGGGAGCACGAAGAUGUACCAGGAUCUGAAAAAGUCCUUUUGGUGGAACGGCAUGAAGAGAGAUGUCGCAGCUUUCGUGGAACGUUGCUUAGCCUGCCAACAGGUGAAAGCCUUACACCAACGACCGUACGGGAAGCUACAACCGCUUGAGAUACCCGAGUGGAAGUGGGAGCACAUCGCUAUGGAUUUCGUGACUGCGUUGCCGAAAACCCUUAAAGGGAACACCGCGAUUUGGGUGAUCAUCGAUCGACUUACCAAGAGUGCGCAUUUCUUACCAAUCCCCGUAACCCAUGGAUCGGAUAGGCUAGCUCGGAUCUACAUCCAAGAGAUCGUGCGACUACAUGGAGUCCCAGUGACGAUUACGUCUGAUCGUGACCCGAAGUUUACCUCAAAAUUUUGGAUUAGUCUACAACGCGAGCUUGGAACACGCUUAAACUUUAGUACCGCUUUCCACCCACAAUCCGAUGGACAAUCCGAAAGAACGAUACAAACUCUCGAGGAUAUGCUAAGAGCCGUGGUGCUCGACCGAGGCGGAAGUUGGGAGACCGCACUCCCUUUGAUCGAGUUCGCCUACAACAACAGCUUUCAAGCGACGAUCGGCAUGGCACCAUAUGAAGCACUUUAUGGGAGAAAGUGUAGAUCUCCGCUCUACUGGGAUGAAGUUGGCGAACGAAGAGCACUUGGACUUGACGCAGUCGAAGAGAUGGUCGGAAUCGUUCGACAAAUUCGUGCGCGAAUGAAGGAAGCUCAGGACAGACAGAAGUCGUACGCCGACGUUCGACGGACGGACUUACAGUUCCACGCUGGUGAUAAAGUUUUCCUCAAAGUAUCCCCGUCGAAAGGGAUAACGCGUUUUGGAGUCAAGGGCAAACUAAAACCGCGUUUUAUCGGGCCGUACGAAAUUCUAGAAGGAGUAGGACCCGUAGCUUAUCGUUUAGCGCUGCCGCCCAGCCUUGGGAAUGUGCACAACGUUUUUCAUGUGUCGCAAUUGCGAAAGUACGUGUUCGAUCCGAAGCAUGUGAUUCGUUACGAGGAUAUUGCUGUAAGCCCGGAUCUGAGCUACGAGGAGCAACCCCAGAUGAUCUUGGAUCGAAAGAUGGCAUCUUCAAGUUCUGAAGAACAGUUAUGUUAUGGACCUGAGGAUCCAUCAUUACUCUUUCAUCAAAACGAACACAUUUCAGCCUCAUUGUUGGCGAAUGGCGCAACAAAUGUGUUUAGAGUUCGUCGGACGGAAAGUAAGGUCUGGAUAGUACAAAUACAUCCAACUGUGAAGCAUUGGCUGGAUGUAUGGGGUUUCAAAGGCUUGUUGGAGUGUGGAAGGCCGAUGAGGAUAGACAACGAGCUUAUCACUGCCUUGAUCGAGCGCUGGAGGCCUGAGACACACUGUUUCCACCUACCAGUUGGAGAGGUUACUGUAACCUUACAGGAUGUGCAAAGCCUGUGGGGCUUGAGAGCAGACGGUCGUGUUUUCACUGGCCGUGACUAUCCUAUCGGAUAUGAAGAUUGGCCCAGCAAGUGUCGAGAUAUGUUAGGAUGGAUACCUGAUGUAGAAAAUGAAACGAAGCAGGGCGGUUUGUUAAUGACAUCUCUUAUCCACCAAACGACGAUACCGUUGGGAGAUGGGUUGUAUGAUUAUGUAUACAUGCAAAGGGCACGUAUUCAUGCGUUGAUCUUGUUAGGAGGUCUUAUUCUACCGGACACCACAGGGCAGACAGAGAAGAGAUGUGGGUGGACCUAUGGUUCUAUUGCAGCUAUGGGCGUGGGAAAGAAUGUCCACAUUGAGGCCAUCCUUUUUGAUAUCGCCUAUGCACACGCCGUAUACCCCGUCUGGAGCCAAGUAAUGUGGCACGGAGUUACUGAAAUUGGAAAUGCUCCCCGAUAUUCAGUAGCUCAUUAUCGUGAUCAGUUAUCACUGAUUCGUCCCGGCCAGUUUCUGUGGACACCGUAUGCAGAUUGUAUCCUGCCUGAUUACUGCAUUGAUUCGACUGCAUCCUUCUUGUGCGACACUUACUUGGUGUGUUGGUCAUUUGUCGAGGCACACGAGGCUGGACGAGUUUGCCGACAAUUUAACCGCUACCAAGGUAUUCCUGAGUAUCGUGAUAGGAUGCUAGAUAAGGCGGGACAUUUGUGUAAAAGUCACCGCCGUGGGAGGAAGGGCGCUGAUUGGGCAAAGAUACAUAAAUUCUACAUUGAUGAAUGGGAUUUGAGACACGACAGGUCCCAAUCAACUUUUCACCAUGCAACAGCGUCCGUGGAAGGUUCUUGUCAUCAGGGCUAUCUGGCGUGGUACAAUAGGAUCACAGUGUCGUACAUAGUUCAACCUGGGACGCAGUCAACAGUUGGGAUGAACGAGUCAGCCUCUUCGUUGAAAUUGACGGUUGAAGCCCUUCAGGGGAUAUGGCAUUUGACCUCUGAACAUGACAACGACCCUCGGUUACGGCAGAUCCGAGAAAUAGCCACUGAGGCCCUUCGUGCGACGAACCAUACUGAUGUGAUGGAGUAUCCAGCUUCGCAACGGCGAAAUGUGGCCAUGCCGCCACGCCCACCAACUUCUCUUCGUCAUGGAUUGUCGGGUGUUCGGACGGGUGGACACGGGUGGACACGACAGCAUAGGUUGUCGCAGCCGCAGCAGCCGCAGCCCGAGUAUACGGUACCAUCGCCACUGCAUCCAGAAUACGAUCCCCCAGGUUGGUCUCAGUUGAGUGGUGCAAGCCACGAGCACUCGCAAUGGGGAGCACGAUCAUCAUGUGACUCAUUCUUUGGCGGUGGGUCUGAUUGGGACGCAGCGGUAGCAGGACGUGAUCCAUACUUCCAGAAUUAUCAAAUUGUGGAUCCGGUGGGGGAAGAAGAAGGCGAGAGCGAGGAAGAAGAGGUUGGGGAAGAAGAGGGUGGGGAAGAAGAGAGCGGGGAAGAAGAUCACGAAGUAAUAUUUCGACCACCCACCGAGGGAUCCUCACGACCAGCUGUGAAGAGUUCAUCAAGUACGUUUGGGAAGGCUAUGCACAAUGUAUUGAGGGGAUUUUCAACAAGGAAGAACAAAGGGAAAGCUCCAACAAAAUUCACGCCUUCGGGGAAAUAA